CAGAGAGGAGGCAAAAGCAAAGGGAGGAGGGAGGAAACCAAGGAAAUUAAGCAGAGGGAGGAAGGAGGAAGAGCAGAUAAAGGGGAGAAGGAGGAGGAAGGACCGCCGAAUAAAGAACGAUAGAAAACAGACUAGAUAACUGGGUUUAUUAAUUGGACACAGAUGGAGUCUGAAGAGAAUUUGCUGAACGUUUUUCUGCUGCUGCUUAUGGGAUCCCACUUAACUGUGGUGGGUCCUUCCGUCCCCGAGGAUGGAUGGCAGGUGUACAGUUCGGCUCAGGACUCUGAAGGUCGAUGUGUUUGUACAGUGGUCGCUCCCCAGCAGACUGUCUGCUCCAGAGACGCCAGAACCAAGCAGCUUAGACAGCUGCUGGAGAAGGUUCAGAAUAUGAGUCAGUCCAUCAAUGUCCUGGAUCAGAGGACUCAGAGAGAUCUGCAGUUUUUGGAGAAAAUGGAAGUUCAGCUAAAGGGUCUGGAAAACAAAUUCAAACAAGUGGAAAACGGACACGAAAGCAACAUCGCCAGACAGUACAAGUCCAUCAAAGCAAAGAUGGAAGAGUUACGUCCUCUGAUAUUGGUCCUGGAGGCCUACAAGGAGGAUGCUCUGCUGGUCCGACAGUUUAAAGAGGAGGUGGCCAAUGUGACAGAGCUGCUGGGAUCACUGCAGGAAAAACUGGGAAGUCUGGACUACCAGGAGCUCCACAGUCGAGUGAUGGACCUGGAGGACCGGCUUAGGGCCUGCAUGCAGAGGCUGGCCUGUGGGAAGCUGACAGGAAUCUCUGAGCCAAUCACUAUCAAGACGUCUGGAUCGAGGUUUGGAUCGUGGAUGACGGACCCGCUAGCCCCGGCUGGAGACAGCAGAGUAUGGUACAUGGAUGGUUACCAUAACAAUCGCUUUGUUCGGGAGUAUCAGUCAAUGAAUGACUUCAUAACUGCAGAUAAUUUCACCUCUCAUCGGCUGCCUCACCCCUGGUCUGGUACCGGUCAGGUGGUUUAUAAUGGAUCCAUUUACUUCAACAAAUUUCAGAGUCACACAAUCAUCAAGUUCGACUUCAGCACAUCCCUUAUCAGCCGCUCACGGCAACUGGACUUUGCCGGAUACAACAACAUGUACCAUUACGCCUGGGGGGGGCACUCAGACAUCGACCUCAUGGUGGACGAGGGAGGGCUAUGGGCCGUUUACGCCACCAAUCAGAACGCUGGAAACAUUGUCCUCAGCCAGUUAAAUCCAAACACUCUUCAGAUCAUCCACAGCUGGACCACCAACCACCCGAAACGCAGCGCUGGCGAGGCAUUCAUGAUCUGUGGAACUCUGUAUGUCACUAACGGCUACUCGGGUGGAACAAAAGUGUACUACGCCUACUCCACUAAUUCCUCCACCUACGAGUACAUUGACAUUCCUCUGACCAAUAAAUACAGCCACCUGUCCAUGCUGGACUACAACCCCCGAGACAGAGCGCUCUACGCCUGGAACAAUGGCCACCAAGUCCUCUACAAUGUGACUCUCUACCACAUCAUACAGUAACACGAACGUAGGAGAGGGGUAAAAUCAUGGAAUAUAAAGACGUGGUUUACAAAAAUUCUCAAAGGCUCUUGGACAAAAUAAUUGGGUCCUAUCUGUGUCCCUGGGACAGAGAAGUAUAUUAGCCUAGCUUAGCAUAAACUCUUUCCUUAGCCACAUGCAAAGAAAAUCCACCUUCUUUUGAAAUCAGGUGUAACCGUUGCAUGUUCCAUCCUGUAAUCAGUUGCUUUAUUUUACUGUUCAGUUAAACUUGCUAAAACGUCAAUGUUUUGAUUAGACAUUUUAAUUUUACCCCUGUAAGAUGUACCAACAUGGAAAUAAGACCACAAGAUAUUUUCUUGUGUGGAGCUGGGCUAGUAGUCUCCCUACACUUAGUCUUUGUGCUAAGCUAUGCUAAACCUCAACCGGACCUAUUUCCUUACUGGAGCGUCUCCAAAGUGUUAGACUGUUAACUUCCAUAUUAGGUUUGAGUUGCAUGAAAUCAAUCCCUUCAUCGUCAAGAUCACAUUAAACACUAAUCACAAAGAAAUCACAAAUUAUCUUUCACAUAUACAGACACUGAAACGUUGAAAUCAUAUUAGUGUGGAUACGGAAGAUGAGACUUUGUUUUAAGACUUAAUGAUAGCAGACUUAUUGUUCAUAUAUUGAAGUAAUAACAAUUGUAAUGUAUUUUCGUACUAUUGAGUAUUACACAGCGAUAAAUCAUUUGCAACAAUGCCAUUACCAUAUCUCGAAUUUUUAUUUGAGGUAAAUUGACGAGGGCUCAAAAGGACAUCCGUCCACUCUGCUGUCGGUGUGUUGUCAUGAUAUUUAAUCAUCACUCCUUCAAUUAAAUAGGAUCCAGACUUUAGAUUUAUACAACCUUUUUUGUCUGCCAAUGCACACUUGAACUUUAAUUCAAUGCCAUCAACUUGUAACAAAUGGUUAUUACAAAGCACAUUGGUUUUGAUAGGCCUGAUGCUUCUUUGGAAUCAGCUACAAAGAAGAUUGCUUUAAAAAAUAAAUCCUUUAAUGCAUCCAUCAUGCAGCAUUAAACAUUAAAAAUGACACAAAAUGGAGGAAGAAAUGUGUUAGAUGAACAAAACUGUUAACCUGGUUAAAUGUAGUUAUGGUGAACUUGUCUGGCAUUAAUGAUGCUAAUGAGCAUAUGAAGUAGAGUGAUAGACUUUGUGUCCUCACAUUAUUAACUGCAGCAACAAGUUCAACUGUCUUCAUAAAAUGGCUAACUAGCGGCAGGCUAAAAAAUAAUGAAGCCAAUAGGGAAGAUAUGCUGUCCCUGAAAAGAGUUACCUUUAACCCUCCACGUUAAAAGGAAAACUUUACAGCAGAAAUAAACAUGUUUAGAAGCUGGAAUAACAUUACAUAACAUAUGGGGGGAGAACUUUCAUAGAACUUUCUGGUUAUAAUUAUAUUUAAGCUCAAAGUUGAGCAUAUUUGAAAUGUAACGUCUUUGAAUAAAAGGUGGGUGUUGUCACUGACAUGCAUGUCAGUGAGGAUCUGUCACAUUUAGAUAAAACGAUUAUUAAAUUAGGAUUAUUGUUUGUUCUUCUCUACUGCUAUCACCAAUUAUUACAUUAUCAUAUUUUACAUGUUUAUGAAAAUUAAAUGUCUGUGUUAGAAAGUACUUUUAGACAAAUAAACACAUCCCUGGAGUUUAGUGGUUCAUUUUAUAUUGUUACUUUCCAUGUACUAAGAUGUCUUAACUUACUUUCAGGAUUUACAGUGUUGGCAACUGGUAGAACAGCAGUGAUUGUACUGAGCUAUAAGAAAGAACAUAAUUAUUCACAGACUGCGUAGAAGUAAAUGGAUUGGUCCGUGUUUGUAUCUUCUCGCCUUAACAUGUGAAUUAUUUUGCAUUGAGUCACCGAAGCACAAUGUAAUACUAUUAUUGUUUUGAACAAAGGUUAAAUAAAAUGCUCCACUUCACAUGAACCUUACAACCUUGUUUGUGUUUGUAUUAGGUGAGAAAAAGGAUCAUGGUCGGAAAAACUUGUGUUCUAUUCUACUUUGGGGUUGGAUAAUAACCAGGAUUGCUAUUCAGCAAUCAUCUAUUAUUUGUUUGUACUUAUCUCCUGAAAUUUUGUAGGUGUUUUUUUGGUCAACAAAAGUUGAACAGAUGUACACGUUGUUAAUAUCAAACUACCUCAAUGUUUUGUUUAUUUGAUCAUGGACUUGAUUUUCUGCUUUUUUAACUUUUCAAUUCCAAUGCCUAAAAGUAUUUAAUUAGCCUUUAAUAAAAAUACAUUAAAACCUG